AUGUUAACGUAUACCUUUGCUCUUGAAAAGCCUGGGGUAUCAAACAUUGUAAUACCGGCCAAAGAGGAUUUUGUGACAAGAGAACACAGUUCAGAUGCUCCGGGUUUCUCGUCAUACAUGGGGUGGGCUCUUAAAAGUUCCUUCUCCCGGAGCACUAGAUUUAAUUCCAGUCAGAAGGAUUACCUUAUAAAGAAAUUUGGAAUAGGAGAAAAAAUCGGAAGGAAACUCGAUCCUGGAACUGUUGCUAAAGAUGUGAGAGCUGCUAAAGAUCCUAACGGCAAGCGUUUGUUCAAUUGCAAUGAAUUCCUAACCAGUCAACAAAUCCAGAGCUUUUCAAGAUUAGCAUCUAAACGAACUGUUGAUGUCAUAACUGAAGAGGAUAAAGAAGAAGAAUGCAGCGCUCACCAGGAGGAAGUGCUGAGCAGAUUGAGAAAUGAGGUAUCUGGUGCAGUAACCAUGCCGCAUCCAAUCAUGUUUGAUACAUAUGAUAUCUGUAAACUAGCCUCUGGAGGCACACUCAAAAGUACCUUUUCUGUAUCGGUUUUGCGCGAUAUCUGCCUCGCUCUUGGUAUAGAUGUCUCCCAAAUCAUGGUGAAACGAAAGCAGCCAUACAUCGAUGCCGUUCUGGAACUAGUAAGCACAUGUACCUGCUCGAGUGGACAGGUCAAUCCAACUCUGAAAUAA